GACACAUCGGUCGAAGUUUUCAGUCUGGGUACCGCGUGGAGACGCGUUCUCACAAACAGGCCAUCGCACUGGAGCGGAGCGCGGUUGCCAUAGCAACCCGGGGAGCCUCUCCCGGAGAACGACGCUGUACUGCGCUUUGGCGCCCCCCAGUGGAGCGGAAUCGCGCACACGGCGGUGGUGUCUCACAACGUGUAAAACGUCACCGGGCGGCCUGUAGCAAAGGCUCACUCUGUGGGCGGAGACACACCGGGGCGGAUAUACAGUGAAAAGCGAAACACCUGAGAACAGGUGAGAGUUGCUGUUGCUGCUGUUUGCUUGACAACAGAGGGCAGGAGAAGCAGUCAGAGUAGAGGCACCAUGAAGAACCAGCUCGCGAUCGCGUUCGUCUCUUUCGCUCUGCUGACCUCCUCCCGGGCAGGGGAGUGGUCGGCACCCGAGUUCUGCCACGGCUCCCCGUGUCCGGAGUACGCGCUCGUCGAGAACCACGGGGCCUUCGAGGAGCGCUACUACAACAGCAGCCUGUGGCUGGAGACGCCCGUCCAGAGCACCGCGUACAGCGACGUGGCCUUGGGCUUCGGCCGACUCUACCGUUUCGCCAGCGGGAGCGACGAGAACGGUGCGAGGCUCCCCCUGACCGCUCCGGCGAUCGUGCUCUCCUCGCGGUCCGACAGCGGAGAGACCCGCGUGUCCACAGCCAUUUUUGUGCCUCCCGACACCGAGCUGCCAAAGCCCGGCGACCCGUCCGUCAUGGUGGUGCUCAAGUCUGGCGGCACCGUGUACGUGAGGGUGUUCGGCGGCUUGCCGACCGAGUCCAUAGUGCUGGACAACAUGAGGCAGCUGCAGAAGGACCUCAUGGACGCGGGCAAACUGCAGGACCCCCACCGCUUCGUGGGUGCCGGGUAUGCCCCCUCGGCCACUCUGCUCCAGGGGCACAACGAGGUGUGGGUGUUUGGCGACGCCGCGGCGCUGGCCGACGCAGGGAGCAACGUGGCCCAGUGAGCGCCCCUCUGCCGGGGGUAUUGCGGGAGGGUCCGAACCAAUGAUGGCCUGUGAGCUAUGAUAGACGGUGAUGAUUGUAAAAGUAAAAGCGAAGCCUUAACGUCUGAUAGCUUUGCUGAAUAACCGGUUUGGGGAAUGCGGUGCAGCAGGAACACGGUCACCUUUGCUGUGUCACGUGUGCUGAGCGCCGAAAUAAAUACAUAAAUAAAGUGCAAUAAAUGAG